AUGGUGUUGGGACUAAUAGAUGAGAUCAAGGAAUAUCUCGAUGCAAGGUAUAUUGGUCCAGUAGUAGCAGCUUGGCGGCUAUUCAGUCAUUCUAUGCAUGAAGAGAUUCCAACAGUGGUACGUUUCGCACUUCAUUUACCUGGAAAACAUAAUAGCCUAUUUAACACUGAAGAAUCAAUGCAAGACAUUGUUGCCAGGGCUGAGCAAGACAUUACAACAUUAGCUGGUUUUUUUGCAUAUUGUCAAGCAAAUGUAGAUGCACGUGCAUUCACCUAUCAAGAAUUUCCACAACAUUUUGUUUGGAUAAAAUCAGAAAAGAGGUGGAAACCAAGAGAAAGGGGUUUUGCAAUUGGAAGAAUGUACUUUAUUAGCCCUAAUGCUAGUGAAAUAUUUUAUUUACGCCUCCUACUGAGUGUUGUUAGAGGACCAGAAUCAUAUGAAUGUUUACGCAUAGUCAAUAAUAUUUUGCAUGACACAUUUAAAUCAGCAUGUAUUACAAGAGGACUCCUGGAAGAUGACGAAGAAUGGGAAUCGGGUACAAAUUUAAAAGACUUUCCUCCCAUGCCAUUGCCUAUUGUGAAUUGGAGUAUAGUAGUGGGUAAUAGAUUGAUAUCGGAGCAUCAACAACUCAUUUUUGAUGCCCAGCAUUCAGAUGCGAAUAUCAAUGUUGAAUGUCUCAAUGAAGAACAACGUGUCGUUUACACUACAAUCACCACCUCGGUGUUUGAGAAUAAAGGAACGACUUUUUUUCUAAAUGGGGGUGUUGGAACUGGAAAGACCUUUUUGUACAAUACUGUUGCCACGAAAUGUCGUAGCCUUGGACACGUCGUAGUUAACGUUGCUUCAUCUGGUAUCGCUUCAUUAUUAUUGGUAGGAGGCAGAGUUGUUACAACAUUGAUUAUAUGGGAUGAAGUCCCUAUGCAACAUAGAUAUUGUGUUGAAACAGUUGAUCGCACACUCCAAGACAUUUGCGAUAAUGAUAAGCCAUUUGGGGUCAUACCAAAAGGAGUUCAAGAGCAAAUUGUGGGAGCAUCGUUGAGACGUUUUGUGCAAUGGAAUCGUAUGCACAUUUUGACAUUGAAUUUGAACAUGCGCUUAAGUAACACAGACCUUGCGAAUUCAAAUUUUGCAGAAUUCUUGAAAGAGAUUGGGACUAAUCUAGAAGAAAUAGUAGAGCUUCCAUCAAUAAUACAAAAGUGCAGAUCCAUUAGUGAGUUGUUAUUUACUGUGUAUCUGCAGCUAGCCGUAGUGGGUACCAUAACACCGACCUUCCUUAAUGAAUGCACAAUUCUUUCUGCCCGAAAUGAUGAUGUUAGUGCUAUCAAUCUUGCAGCAUUGAAUGUUUUUCUAGGGGAUACCACCACUUAUUUUACAGCAGACAAAAUGUCCUUUGAUGAUGCACAUGAUCAUACUAUCACAAAUCGGUAUCCUAAUGAGUACUUGAGCUCAUUGAAUCCUUCCGGUUUGCCUCCUUUUAAAUUGGACUUGAAAGUUGGUUGCCCAAUAAUGUUAUUGAGAAACAUCGCUCUAAAGGCUGGGUUAUGUAAUGGCACUCGAUUAAUGAUUGUCAAAUGUGCAAAUCGCAUAAUCGAAGCUCAAAUUUUAACAGGAGAUAAAUUUGGCAAUUUGGUCUUUAUUCCAAGGAUAUCCUUUACACCCUCUUCUUCUGGAAUGCCUUUUGAGAUGACAAGGCAUCAAUUUCCAAUCAGAUUGGCAUAUGCGAUGACUAUUAAUAAAUCUCAAGGACAGUCUGUCAAUUUUGUUGGAAUUGAUUUGCGUACUCCAGUCUUUAGUCAUGGACAACUAUAUGUAGCAUUAUCUAGAUGCACAUUUGGUGAUCGUACAAGUGUCCUUCUCUCCAAUGAUACAUCCCGUUCCACGACAAACAUUGUGUAUCCUGAGGUUUUGCUAUGGUAA